GUAAGUGCGUUUGACUCCUUUACAGCUGUUGACGUCGAUGUCAAGUGACGUAUUGUAAAUUCCUGGAAGGUUUAUAAAAUCGCUUUGAAUAAAUUGGAAUAUUUUUCUCAAUUAUUUUCCUAUUUGUCAGGGUUGAUUACUUAAAAUGGGUGAUCAAUUUGAUUGCGCUCUGGACCUUAUGAGGAGGCUGCCCCCCCAACAAAUCGAGAAAAACCUCAGUGACUUGAUCGAUUUGGUACCUAGUUUAUGUGAGGAUCUCUUGUCUUCUGUUGACCAGCCCCUAAAGAUCGCAAAAGAUCAGGAAACGGGACAAGAUUACGUUUUGUGCGACUACAACAGAGAUGGUGACUCAUACAGAUCUCCAUGGUCCAACACCUAUUAUCCUCCGCUGGAUGAUGGACAGAUGCCCUCAGAGCGGCUCAGAAAAUUGGAGCACGAUGCCAACCUUGCUUUUGACCAGUAUAGGGAAAUGUACUUUGAAGGAGGAGUUAGUUCAGUGUACUUUUGGGACUUAGAUCAUGGCUUUGCAGGAGUGAUAUUAAUAAAGAAAAUCGGCAACGGGAGCAAGAAGAUUAACGGUUGCUGGGAUUCCCUGCAUGUAGUGGAAGUGCAAGAGAAAAGUUCAGGAAGAACCUCCCAUUACAAGAUGACAUCAACAACCAUGCUGUGGCUUCAAACGAACGAAACGGGCUCUGGAACAAUGAAUUUGGGGGGCAGUUUAACCAGACAGAUAGAACAAGAUGCGGUUGUAAAUGAAAACAACUCGCAUAUUGUAAACAUAGGUAAAAUGGUCGAGGAAAUGGAGAAUAAAAUCCGAAAUACCCUCAACGAAAUUUACUUCAGUAAGACAAAGGAUAUAGUAAAUAGUUUAAGAUCGGUUGAACCGCUGACUGAUAGUAAACAGAAUGAAAUCAUGAAACAUCGCAUUGAGUUGGCCAGUGUGUUGCAAAAGAGGCACAACAAAUCAGAUAAUUGAUGUUUACAGAUUUGUGAGAUAAAUUAUGGAGAAGAAUUAUAAAUAUCGCAGAUCUAUUCUAUACAGAUACUAUACAUUCAAUAUACCGCGUGCUAAGAUUAUUUAAGACAGUUUUAAGUCUUCAGAUGGUUUAUACGCUCAGCUAAGAGUUACGUAUUUAUUUAUUUGCACACGAAUUUCAGUUUUUAUCUCCUUGGUUUGAUUCAAACUAAAGAAGUGAAUAAGCCUAUAGCAGAAGAGAAUGAAUUCUAUUAUUAGAUGGACAUUAAUUGGCAUUAAAUUAUUAAAGUUGCACUGAAAUAGUUGUAUUGUAUAUUUUUAACAACUUUCUUUUAUCUGAUUAUUCUGUGUUAUUUGAUAAAAUAUUUUUUAUCAUUGCAUUCCUUUUUCAUAAAAAAAAAACUUGGGUUUAAAGGUAAAUUUUUUUGUGUCAUGUAUCAAAUGUCUACGUUUGAUGGCUUUCUGUAUGUUUGUUAAAUUACACUUUUACCAUAAUGUGUUUUUUUUUAAAGCAAAAAAUGUAAAAAUGAAACGCCGUUUAAAGCGUUUUUAAAACGCCCUAGAUGCAUUAGCAGAUUCACUGUUUUGAAUCCUUAAACAUAGUGAUUUGAAUUGGAGUGUUUUGUAAAAAAACUGUAACAUUAACUUUAAUUUAUCUAGAUUUUUGCUGUAUAUCCUGAGAAUAAUAAAUGUUUUAACUUUAAUAUAAGAA